AUGCCUCUCGCCACGGUCCAUUUGGUUGCGCUCGCUCCACAGGCAUCCAGCGCCUCUUUCGUGAAGGGCCUCGCAUCCGCCUCCAUCCGGCCGUUGGUGGUAUCGCGGGUCAAACGAUGGAUCAUCAAGCCCGAGAAACUCUCCGCAACACGACUCUUGAGUGUAGACUGGGAUCUGCUCAUUAUCCUUCCGACCACAGCCACUAUUCCCGAACAAUUGCGCACCGAACAAUGGUUGACACAUCACUGGAGCAUAUCCGCAGGCGUGCCGUCUAGCAUUGUCAAUGGCUUCGAGCAGCGCAACCAAAAGUUGUUGUGUCCUCCAGCAAGUACAGUUCCCGCCCUGACUGGAUCCCUCGAGCGGCCGAGGAUCACAUCGUCCACCCAAGGUCUCGAACUCACUCAAGAGCUGUUGGAUUGGAGCAAAGCCUCAUCUCUGGGCGGAGGCGCCGUGAGCAUGCUAAACCUACUAUCCUUCAAACCCACCCCGGGAGCCCACGAGAGCUACCUGGUCUACGGCCGCGCGUUCUCCGAAUCAAUCGGCUCCCGUCGUGGUGGAAUCGCCAAGAUCGUUGGGAAAGUCGUGCGGGAUCAGAACUCGCCCGGCGAGGACAAGCAUGGUUGGGAUGAGAUCGCGCUGGCACAUUAUCCCAGCAUCACACAUUUUGUCGACAUGCUUGCGAGCGAGGAUUAUCAAAAGGUCAAUCACGCGUCACGCCUGCCUGCACUCCGAGACACUUGUAUUUUAUGCACGAGCGAGCUAGACACCGAUCUGGGCACUGAUGUAGCAAGACUAUGA